AUGCCAUCAACGAACAUCCUCACUUGUCGUCUUUGCCAAGAGAUCUUUUUGGAACCAGUGGUCUUCCCAUGUGGUCACACGUUUUGUCUGGCGUGCAGCGAGGAAUGGCGAAAGAGGCAACGCGUUUGCCCACAAGCUGGAUGUGAUAAAUCGCUUGGCGAAGCCGUGCCUAAUCUACUUGUGAAAGAACCUCGAAACGAGGAGUCGCCUGCUCACGAAUCGCCACCACUGCGUCGAAAAAAGGUCACAUUUGAUCAGCCAUUGCAUCAACGACAAGAAGCCACACAGCCUCAUCCAUCCAAAAUGCGUUACAUUUUUAACGGAGCAUUUGUGCGUGGGACUCGUGGACGAAGAACGGAGAUUCAUCAAAUGCCCAGCUUGCCUGUUUGCUCCAAUCGACGAUCCUUGAAGGAAAUAUUUUGCAGGCGACCAAAAGAAAUGAUUUCCGGAAAAUCUACUGAUGACUUUGCUCUAGGAAAAGGUAUGAAUCAUGAAUGGGAUGAUGUCUGGAUGGGAGAUGAGCAACAACAUGAAUCAGAAGAAUCCCCGGACUUGGCUUCUCAUCCGAUGUACAAAUUAAUGCAAGCGAAAAAGGACAAGUCGUUUUGGUCGAAAACAAAGCUCAUCUUCUCGUCGAACAAGGCGAAGAAG